GCCUAUGAUCUCCUCCAGCACAGACACUGGGACACAGUAGACUGCAUGAUCUCCACAAUGCUUACCCCUGACUCCUGGUCUCAGACUCCUCAUCCUGUCCUGCUGCUGACCUUGCUGCUGGGACUCACAGGAGCUGCCGCACAGGAGGAGCUGCAGGUGAUUCAGCCUGACAAGUCAGUGUCUGUCGCUGCUGGAGAGACGGCCACUCUGCGCUGCACUGUGACCUCCCUGCUCCCUGUGGGGACCAUCCAGUGGUUCAGGGGGGAAGGACCAGGCCGGGAAUUGAUCUUCCGUAAGACAGGAGGCCACUUCUCCCGCGUCACACUACUUUCAGAUGGCACACAGAGGGACAACAUGGACUUCUCCAUUCUCAUCAGUAAUGUCACCCCAGCAGACGCUGGCACCUACUAGUGCGUGAAGUUCCGGAAAGCCAGUGGCUCUGAAGACACGGAGUUUAAGUCUGGACCAGGCACUGAGCUGUCUGUGCGUGCCAGACCCUCUCCACCUAUGGUAUCGGGCCCUGGGACCAGGUCUACACCUGGGCAGACAGUGAGCUUCACCUGCAAGUCCCAUGGCUUCUUCCCCCGGAAUGUCGCCCUGAAGUGGUUCAAAAAUGGGAAUGUGCUCUCCAACUUCCAGACCAAUGUGGAUCCCACAGGAGAAAGCAUCUCCUACCGCAUCUCCAGCACAACUCAGGUGGCACUGGACCCCGGGGAUGUCCUCUCUCAGGUCAUCUGUGAGGUGGCCCAUGUCACCUUGCAGGAGGCCCCUCUUCGUGGGACUGCCAACUUGUCUGACACCAUCUGAGGUAGAUGACCCUGACUCCUUACCCAAGUCCACACCUUGCCACUAAGCCUGCUCCUCCUCAGGGCUUUUGCCCGAGGGCCUGAUGGCCUGGCACCUCAUGCCCAGCAGGCCUGUCCCCCCAUGCACAGGAGGUCUCAGAUACCACCCCUGGUAAGACACCACCCCAGCUGACCAGCUCUUUUAAGAAAAAAUUUUAUCUCUUUCUACAUGUUAAAAGUAGUAUUCAUAGUUAUUAUAGAAAAAUCCAUAAGUCUACAAGAUAUACAAUAUGACUGAGGGAACCUUUCUUCCCUCAGUUCCCAUAUUCCAAAGGUUAGUACAGGUAAGUUUCAGACAUAUCAAUGGAUCUUUUGACAUCAAAAAAUGUUAAUGAAGACAGAAGAGAGGGAAGGGGAUUGCCUAUCCUAUCAUUUCCCCCCUCUUGCCUUCCUCACCUAACUGUUGUUACCCUCUGCUUCCCUUGGCCCUCUCCCCCAUUCUUACUCUUUUUAACCACCCCAGUCUCCAUCUCAACUUAGACUUUCACAUAGAUCUGGAUCCUCACCCAGCAGUCCCUGGCACCUGCUGGUAUAACUCCAAACGAACUACCUAAGGACGUGGGUUUAAGUGUGGCUAGGCAUCCAAAGGGUGCUAGGCAUGGUCCCAACAGGGCCUCCUGUCUCCUGACUUGUGACAAUGGACUCAAAAUAGUCCCACCCCUCACCACAUAUUCACCACCCGGAAAUACAAGUUUAUCUGUGGUCACCUCUCCUUCUCCAACUUCCUUCUGAGUUCACAAUUUUACAGAAAGGGAAACUAGGACUGGGAAGCAAUCAGGAAAGUUGCUAUUGAUGUCCCUUGCCCUUAGGCCAGGUAAGUGGCCUAAACUAAUCAAGGGACCCAAGGUUCCUAACAACAGGGCCACCACCAACCUGCAUGUCAAAUUUAUACUAUUUAAUGCAAUGAUCCCUCUCCAUUGGUCAUUGUCACAAGGACCUACAGUUGGCCUGAGUCCCUCUUCCUGUCACCAAAUAUGUAUUAUUUUCCUCUCAUGUAAUACUAGUUGUGUCUCUCCACUCCCACUUUUUCAAGGUCCAGGUUCCUUCCAGCAUGUCUUGUGCCAUGGGCCUAAUCCUUGGGUCCACACUGGAUCACGGAUUUACCUAUGGAAGAGUAGAGACAAGCAAUGGAGGGCAAUUUCUUGUUCAUAAGAGAUGUGUGGAAGCUGCAUAAUCAUGCCAGCCAAGAACUUAGUCAUGGUGCACAUGCAGUGCAGUGGAGUUGACAUUGGGUGGGCAAGUGACGAAAGACCUUGAUCUACAAAACCAAUAUCAUGAUCACAGAUAAUACAGUUUACAAUAAACCUUUCCAAUCAUCUAAAAUAGAAUACACAUUUAUAUUUUAAAAAAUUACUUUUAUGUCUUUUUUGUACAGCAAAUUUGAUUUUAAAUUAUCUUUAAAUUCUUGGUCACAUUCUCCUGUGAUACAUCUGGGCUUCAAGAAAUCUUUUAUGAAGUUAUAUGUUCUUUAAUUUAAAAUGCUAAGCCUGAGUACCAGUAUAAAAAUAGUAAUUAGUAAGGUCAGCCAAUGAGAACUGUGGUCCUGAUCAAUAAGGUGUGACCACAGGCAUUCCUAUUCCAUGUCUCCAUGCUGGGGUUACAAUGAACAUUACAUGUUACAAUAGGUGAAUUUUGUUUUCUUUUCUCUUUUGCUUAAGACAGGAUCAAGCUAUGUAGCCUAGUCUGGCCUCAAACUUUGAUCCUUCUGACUCAGAUUCUUGAGUGUGGGAUUAUAGAGUAGGCCACCACACUCCACCAAUAGAUGUUCUUGGUUAUUUUUGGAUUGUAGGUAAUUUGUGGCUAUUCUGCUGCAGUUGUUCUCAGCACCCAGAAGCUGACUGCAGACUUUGAGCUUUGGUCCCUAUGUCCCUACUCUCAUUCUUGUGGUACCAUACAUCUGAACAGAAGGGCCCUGUCCAGCACUUCUAUUUGAGGACAGCCACUUCUAUUUGAGGAUCCAGCAUCCUCUGUAGCUCUUUUGCUUUCAAUUAUGUGUGGAGCCUGAGCCUCUGCUUUUGCUGCCCUCUGGCUUCAGGAGAAAGGAUUCUGUACUGCUACCAAGAAGUCCUUUGACUCCACACUUAACCUCUAACUUCUGACCAUUUACUCUUAGCAUUUCCUUGUCUUUCCCAAAAGGACUGAAGCCCAGAGAGAAUCAUUCAAUGCCAAUCACCAGUUCCCAAUUCCUGUUCAAAUACCUAAUGCCAAGGAAUUUCCUUCAUGUGGCUUCACCAUCCUGUUCACUGUCAGAGAAACCUUUAACAAUUGCAUGUCAACUAAACACAGUAGCAGCCAUGCUGAUGCUACCACCAGUGCUUGGGUUUCAUUCCAGCCAGAUGUGCAUUUGAGUCUUCUCCCCAGGCCCUCCUCGAGGUCAGUUUCCCCAGGAAGCACAUGUUCAGAUGGACACAGGAGAGAAGGGAACAUUCUGGAGUACUGUUGGGGUCAACACACCUGAGGAAUGGAGAAGCAGGCCUGAGGGUAAUGCUGUGACCUUCAGUGGGGCAAAUCAAAUGAUGUAGCAGAUUGACAGCCUGAAGGUAAGGAGGACAUUUGAGAAGUUUUAAUUGUUGGGAAGAGUUAGACUCUGUCAGAUGAUUCAGUGACUCUUGCUUGUGGGUAGUCACUAUGGAAGACACAAAGUAGACUUAAGCAAUGGAGGUCUACUCACCUGAGUGUCCCAGAGUCACUCAGCUGGGAUCUGUUGGCUUCCUGACCCCACCAGCCACACAGGGUUAGUCCUGCACACCUUCUAAGGAUCCAUCAGUAUGAUUUCAUUUAUAAAAACCAUAUUUUAGUUACUGUUUAACUUUAAAAGCAAAAAUAGUGCAUUGUAGAAGUGCAAAGACCAAAUACCUGCUUCCCCAGUUCUUCCUAUGACAUCAGAGAGGUUUCAGAUGACAUUGACACUGGAAGCGAGGGUGUCGCUGUAGUCAAGGUAACAGGUGUCAUGCUAGGGAUGAUGAGUGAGGCCCCUCCCUAGUGAAAAUUGAAUCUUGUGCAAUUGGGAACUAGUUAGGGUCACAGCUCUGUUAUCUCAGAGGCAGAGAGUUCCUGAUAAUUUGUCUCAUGAGUGCAAUGAAUGCAACUCACAGACACAGAGGGCAAGAGUAGAGACAGGAAAUUUAUUAAGAGAAUGAACAAAGCUCCCACAUUAGCAGGGAGUGGAGGAGUGGUAUCAAGUGCAGUGCCAGUGAAUUUUGGGUCUGGGGACUUUUAACGUGUUUUGUCCUGGGAGUAGCAUGUUUUCUAUGAUAAUUAGGUGUGUGGAAAGCAGCAUUCUGGUUGGUUGUGCCACAACCUUCUGAUCAGACCGUGGUCUCAUCUGUUCAUAUCUAGGUCCCUCCUGCCUUUCCCCUUUCCCACCCACCUGAGUUCUGGCGGGAGGGUGCAUUGCUAGGGAAAUGAGUUGCUAAGGUGAUGAUGUCAUCUUUCUGGUUUGACUCAGUAACUGAGGUUACAAUGGAAGUUUCCAGGGGGCUCUUGGUCCUAACUUUACUUGCUCUAUUUCAGUUAACGACCUAUUCUCUUUUUUCACUAACAAGAUACAUGUUGUCUUGACUCACCUGGGUGUUUUUCAGGCAGUGAUUUCAUAAGCUUGCCUCCCUUAAAAUGAUUCCCUGGCUACUGAGAAAAUUGGGCCCUCCAGCUCAACCCAGUCCUAAGGAGGACACUUGGCAACUCUCUUCCCAUGUAACCCUCUCACUCCAUGUGCAUGCCUUGUUCACAAUUGUUCCUGUGGCCCUGGGAGGCUGGAAUUGCCUUGAUCCCAGGAAACAGUCUUAGCGAUGACUCUACAAGACAGCAGAGAUGGCUUCUCUGGAGUUGGUCCCACAAAUCUCUUGACCCUCCCUAAACUCUCUGCUUGAUUUCCCAAUCAAGGUGAUAAUACUUGCCCAAAAGAAUUAUGAGGAUCAAAAUGGAAUUCACAUUCCACGCAUAGGUAAUGUGUCACUGAGUAUUCGCCUCAACCCAUUCCCCUAGGAGGAAAACUUGGUGGGUUGAGGCAGGGAUGAGUCGGAAGGAGGAACCUCUUUAUCUUGCUCACUGCCUCAGGCUUGAACCAGCACAGCCAGGACAGUGCCACAUUCAAGAUCUUCAGAGGUUGAUGGAAAUAGGGAGCUUCAGAUGGGCAAAUGAGGCUCCUGGGAAAGGAACCCAGUGGGCACUCUA